CACUGCACGCCUGCCCACCUGCGUGUGCCAGGAUGCCCGACACCAUGCUGCCCGUCUUCUUCCUCGGCCUGCUGGCCUUCACCUCUGCUUGCUACUUCCAGAACUGUCCCAGGGGUGGCAAGAGGGCCACGUCUGACUUGGAGCUGCGGCAGUGCCUCCCUUGUGGCCCCGGGGGCCGAGGGCACUGCUUCGGGCCGCAAAUCUGCUGCGAGGAGGAGCUGGGCUGCUUCGUGGGAACAGCCGAGGCGCUGCGCUGCCAGGAGGAGAACUACCUGCCGUCGCCCUGCCAGUCCGGCCGGAAGCCGUGCGGGAGCGGGGGCCGCUGCGCCGCGGGCGGCUUCUGCUGCAGCGACGAGAGCUGCGUGACCGAGCCCGAGUGCCUCGAGGGCGUUCACCACCGCGCCCGCCCCAGCGCCCGCAACAACGCCACGCUGCUGGACGGGUCCACCGGGGCCCUGCUGCCGCGGCUGUUUUUUUUUCUGUCGCGUGCGCCGGAGCCCGCCAACCCCGCCGAGCCCCAGCCGGGAGUCUACUGAGCCGCCCGCUUGCGCCCCCUUCAUCUCACUCCUGCAGCUCCGAAAAUAAACCUUUGUAA